UCUAAUUACCGGGCCAUAAUUGGGGGCUAGGGAAUAGGUUGCCGUCCUCUCAACUCGCUGCAGAUCAAUUAUGUUAAGAGAACAUCUGUAAGUAGAACUUAAUGAGGUCCAUUAGAGCAACAUGCGCUGCCUUCCCUAACGGUGCUUGUCAGCUUCUUGGAUGAGUUGGAGUGCGCUACUAACUAGGGACCUGGUGAAGGUGCUUAAAUAGGCGAGGAGACGUGCGGGCCGGCUCAGGUCUGUUUUGCUUUGCUGCCGGGGAGGGAAGGAGACCGCGAGAGGAGAAACAUCCAUUGUGGGGAGUCUUUUAAAGCGGGACUGAGAAGAGAGCAAGCGGGGAAGGAGUUGCACUGAGGCGGGCUGAGCGUUUGUACCCAGACACCUGGAACUUGAAAAAGGAACGGCUAUAUUUGAGCAACCAACUCUUCUUACGUGGCAACUUUUCCUCGGUAUACAAAUGCUCUCCGUCCAGCCGGACACCAAGCCAAAGGGCUGUGCCGGCUGCAACCGGAAAAUCAAGGAUCGCUACCUGCUGAAGGCCCUGGACAAAUACUGGCACGAAGAUUGCCUCAAAUGCGCAUGCUGCGACUGUAGACUCGGAGAGGUGGGCUCCACUCUCUACACCAAAGCCAAUCUCAUCCUCUGUCGGAGAGACUAUCUACGGUUGUUCGGUGUGACGGGGAACUGUGCAGCGUGCAGUAAACUCAUCCCAGCAUUCGAGAUGGUCAUGAGAGCCAAGGAGAAUGUUUAUCACCUGGACUGCUUUGCCUGCCAGCUGUGUAACCAGAGGUUCUGCGUUGGAGACAAGUUCUUCCUGAAGAACAACAUGAUCUUGUGCCAGACGGACUAUGAGGAGGGUCUGAUGAAGGAGGGCUAUGCGCCACAGGUCCGCUGAGCUCCCCUUCUAGCGGCCCUGUGCACACCAGGGGAAGAGCUGAGAGAGGACCUGAAGGGGACAUGCAAUCAAACACAAAGCACUAGCGUCCUCUCCAGCCCCUGGCCCCAGUCAACUGUAUAUAUGAAGACCCUAGAUAAGGGAAAGUACUGUACAGAUUAGCCAUAGAGACGUUUUUUGGUAAGUGGGAGAAAAUGAAGAUCUCACGAGAGGCAUGACGACGGUCUCGGACAUCGACUUUGGUCAUGAUGAUGAUGAUUGAUGGCUUCAUGAAGACUCAAUUUGAGAGCCCCGCUUCAAGACCCCUAUCCACCCCAUGGCAAUGCCACUUUUUACUUCUUUCAAAAGUUCCCUGGCCGUGGAAUUUAACCUAAAAAAUAAGCUAGAUAUUUAUUUUAAGAAAAAAAGGGAGUCACGUAAACAAAAUGUUUUUAUAACGGAUCUUUGAGCCAGACAUCAAAAUCAAAACUAACGAAUAGCGAAAACAAUUCCCUAACUUCUAUCACCCUGUUUUGUACCUAAAAGAUGUCACUAAAAACAUUUAAGUAUGACUGUAUGUGAUGGGGUUGGUGGGCUAUGAAAAAAGGGUGUUUGUUACUUUCACUGUAUUUAUUUAAUAUGCUUUUUUGUUGUUGCGCAUUAUACAAAGGCUCUGUCCCUGAUGUGUUUAUACCUGAAUUGAAUCACAGUUCAGCCGUCAAACAUCUCCUCUAGACAACCUGUUUCUCAAUGUCAUGUAUUUUGUGCGGCACAUGUUGCUCAGCAGGCGUAAUCUCAAAACAAUCAGGUCAAAUAAACUGUUGGCAUUAACAGAACAAUUUAAUACCCGGUCUGAGGAUUUGCCGUCACCAGGAUUUGUUUACUGUGGAGGCGAUGAUCAAGCGCACAUCACUACCGUAACCUUCAGAGUUGAUCAUCCUUUUAUGGAUACGGCUACCUUUAAAGACAGAGGGCGCAGCCAAUAGGCAAAAUGUGAAGACAAACUUAAUUUGUAUAUGGUGGUUGUACAUAUUUAAAAAAAGAUUCCUUUUUGCUUGCUAUUGUAUAUGGAUUUUCUUUUAAUGUGUUAUUCAGCAUGAGAUGUUUAUUUUUAGGAUGUGUACAUACUGUACUGUAAUCAUUUUAAGCACAAAUGUAAUACAGUUUUAUUGUGUUAGCACUGUGUGUUGACUUCUAUUCUUCACUUUUUGUCUAAAAAGCAUUCAUUUGUCUAACAAUAUUACACGUAACACUUUACAACACUUUCUAAAGCGUAACAUGUAACACUUAACAAAUAUCUUUACAGCACGUAACACUUUACAUCAUUUAUUCAUCUUUAAUUUGAAUAUUUACUAAUGCAUUUUAAAAAGUAAAACGUCUGCUAACAUUUAACAUGA